ACUCAAUCUUUUCUCUGAUGGAUUCCGUUAUCAAUGGUGAUAUCCUCGCACUUCAAAAUUUACUAAAAUUUGGAGGUGAUGUUAACGUUCUGGAUGAAAAUGGAGAACCUCUAUUAUUUAUCCCAAUCGUUAAUGGUGAUAUGGAUACUCUCAAGCUUCUACUAGCCCACACUGAUGUCAACAUGACAAACGACGAUUGCAGGACAGCUUUGAUGAUCGCAGUUGAAAUGGGCGAUAUCGACAUGGUGAAAAAAUUAAUCAAAUCAGGUGCACGUGUUGAUUGUAAAGACAUAUCUGGAAAAACGCCCCUUCUGUUAGCUUUACAGAAUGGAAAGUUUAAGAUCGCAGAAUACCUGAUAAAAUGCGGAAGUGACGUCAAUGUGGUGGAUAACCUUGGCCAGUCUGCCCUUCACCUUAUUGCAACAGGAGAACACAAUGAGUGUACCAAAAUCGUUAAAAUUUUGUUUAACUGUGGGUAUGUGGUGAAGGAAGUUGACAAUUGGCUCUGUUCUGAUGACUUUUCAAUUAACCAGAAAAUGGAAUCUAAAUAUUUCAAACUGGUCAAUAAAUUGAAAACAUCAUUAAAAAAUACGGCAAGGGACCGAAUCAAUAGUCUGAAAAAGUCCUGAGAAAUACAUUUUCUUUGACCACUCUGUACCUUUGCAGAAGAGAUAAGUCUCUAUGCUAGACGAAAACAAAUAGUUCCAUGUGAGUGCGAAGAUUCCUUUGUACAUCAGUAACGUUCUACUUGAGAGAAAGGAAUUUUUAAAUACCAAUUUGUCAGGGAAGAUGCAUAUCGUCUAUAUGCUGCUGAUAUGGUUUUGUGACAAAUUGCGAUUUGGUAACUAUGGUUUGAUUUCAACAUGACAUUACUUCAUUACCACUACAUAGUUAACAGUAUUGUGUUACCAAGAGCUAUCUAAGUCAUACGAAAUGUUCAUAAGUGUUUGAUGUGUUAGCUAUGUUUAAGAUAGGGACAUGGUUAUUUGGAUUGCAAUGUUCUUAAGGAAGGCAGUGAUUGCCUUUAGUUCACAAAAGAAUAAAUGAAUAUAGAUUGACAAUA